GGGUCACGGCUGCGUUUUCCAGAAGGGGCGGGGUUGACACUGUCCCCAGAGUCAGGCGGCGGUAGAGCCUGCGGGUGAGGUGGACAGAGAUCCUGUCCGGGUGCGGGCCCCAGUCCGAAAGCUCAGCCCGGGUUCCCUGGAACUGUCAGGACUCGUGGCUGAGUCCGGGGAUUUGGGAGCGACCGCGGGCACAUCUGCUGACUAACCCCGCUGGUUAGAGACGCUGCUCGGACGCGAGUGGGCGAGCGUGGACCAGAAGGGCGGGUAGGAGGGACCGGGGUGGUCUCUAGUCCCGAUCCCAGAGGGGCGACUACGUGGGAUCCGGGUCUGGGCAGGAGCGAGGGUCCAGGCGCGAAGACCCAGAAGGAGGGGAGCUGGGCAUGGAGGGCCUGGGCGCUGGGGAAGGUGGACCUGCCGUCUGCAGCCCCUGCGGCUCCCGCCUCCGCCUCCGAGGACGGCUGCUCCGUCUGGGCUGGCUGUGCGCGGUCCGAGUUUCUUCCUGGGACGCGACGCGAGAGAGAGGGCUGAAACCAGAGCGCGUCCCGGCGGGUCUGCUGGCGGGCCGCGCCGGUAAUGGAGGCACUUUGUCAUUCAGACGUCUGUAACCAGAGCCGCUGGGCUGGCUAAUGCGCCUAAUAGGGAUGGAGCGAGGGCAGCAAAUGGGCGUGCGUGAGCGGCCGGGCUGGGCUGGGGUGGAUGGUGGAUGGGGAGGCAGCUCCGUGGGGGGACGGGCCCCCACCCCACUGUACCAGCCCAGUCGGGCUCAAGCGCCUCGCUUCUUCCCUGGAGGACCGCGUGGGGAGGCGGGAAUAAUCGAAUGUGCUGAGUUCCUACUACGUGCCUUGCCCUGGUACUUUCUCUUGAGUUAUUUAAUCCUUAUAAGGUCCUAGCAAGGUGAAUUUCGCUAUUCCCACUUCGCAGAUGAGGAAACAGAGCCCUGCAGACUUUCAGGCCCGAGACCAGGCUCCCCCAGUGUCCCUUGGAGGUGCCAAGGAGGCAUGCCCCACAGGCCUGUACACACACGGCGGCGAGUGCUGCAAAGCCUGCAACCUGGGCGAAGGUGUGGCCCAGCCUUGUGGAGCCAACCAGACCGUGUGUGAGCCCUGCCUGGACAGUGUGACGUUCUCCGACGUGGUGAGCGCGACGGAGCCGUGCAAGCCGUGCACCGAGUGCGUGGGGCUUCAGAGCAUGUCGGCGCCGUGCGUGGAGGCCGACGACGCCGUGUGCCGCUGUGCCUACGGCUACUACCAGGACGAGACGACCGGGCGCUGCGAGGCGUGCCGCGUGUGCGAGGCGGGCUCGGGCCUCGUAUUCUCGUGCCAGGACAAGCAGAACACCGUGUGCGAGGAGUGCCCCGACGGCACGUAUUCAGAUGAGGCCAACCACGUGGACCCGUGCCUGCCCUGCACCGUGUGCGAGGACACCGAGCGCCAGCUGCGCGAGUGCACACGCUGGGCCGACGCCGAGUGCGAGGAGAUCCCUGGCCGUUGGAUUACAAGGUCCACACCCCCCGAGGGCUCUGACAGCACAGCCCCCAGCACCCAGGAGCCUGAGGCACCUCCAGAACAAGACCUCAUAGCCAGCACGGUGGCAGAUGUGGUGACCACAGUGAUGGGCAGCUCCCAGCCCGUGGUAACCCGAGGCACCACCGACAACCUCAUCCCCGUCUAUUGCUCCAUCCUGGCUGCUGUGGUUGUGGGCCUUGUGGCCUACAUAGCCUUCAAGAGGUGGAACAGCUGCAAGCAGAACAAGCAAGGAGCCAACAGCCGGCCAGUGAACCAGACGCCCCCACCAGAGGGAGAAAAACUCCAUAGUGACAGUGGCAUCUCCGUGGACAGCCAGAGCCUGCAUGACCAGCAGCCCCACACGCAGACGGCCUCGGGCCAGGCCCUCAAGGGUGAUGGAGGCCUCUACAGCAGCCUGCCCCCAGCCAAGCGGGAGGAGGUGGAGAAGCUUCUCAACGGGUCUGCGGGGGACACCUGGCGGCACCUGGCGGGCGAGCUGGGCUACCAGCCCGAGCACAUAGACUCCUUUACCCACGAGGCCUGCCCCGUUCGCGCCCUGCUUGCAAGCUGGGCCACCCAGGACAGCGCCACACUGGACGCCCUCCUGGCCGCCCUGCGCCGCAUCCAGCGAGCUGACCUCGUGGAGAGUCUGUGCAGUGAGUCCACUGCCACGUCCCCGGUGUGAGCCCAACCAGGGAGUCCCCGCCCCGCCCCACAUUCCGACGACCGAUGCUCCAGCCAACCCCUGUGGAGCCCGCACCCCCACCCUUUGUGGGGGGCCCGCCUGGCAGAACUGAGCUCCUCUGGGCAGGACCUCAGAGUCCAGGCCCCAAAACCACAGCCCUGUCGGUGCAGCCCGUGUGGCCCCUUCACUUCUGACCACACUCCCUGUCCAGAGAGAGAAGUGCCCCUGCUGCCUCCCCCACCCUGCCCCUGCCCCGUCACCAUCUCAGGCCACCUGCCCCCUCCUCCCACACUGCUAGGUAGGCCAGCCCCUCCCACCACAGCAGGUGUCAUAUCUGGGGGACCGACACCAGGGAUGGUACUGGGGGAAGUGACAAGGCCCCAGAGACUCAGAGGGAAGAAUCGAGGAACCAGAGCCAUGGACCCUACACUGUGAACUUGGGGAACAAGGGUAGCAUCCCAGUGGCCUCAACCGUCCCUCAGCCCCUCUCGCCCCCCACCCCAGCCUAAGAUGAAGAGGAUCAGAGGCCUGUCAGAGCUGGGAGGGGGUUUUGAAGCUCAGCCCACUCCCCUCAUUUUGCAUAUAUGUCAGUGAGGCCCAGAGAGAGGCCGUGACUCGCCCAAAGCUGCACAGCAAUGGGGAGGCCAAGUGCAGGCCGGCACCGUCUUCUCUAAAUGAGGGGCCUCAGGUUUGCCUGAGGGCGAGGGGAGGGUGGCAGGUGACUUUCUGAGAAAUGGCUUGAAGCCAAGUCAGCUUUGCCUUCCACUGUCUCCAGACCCCCACCCCUUCCCCACUGCCCGCCCACCCGUGGAGAUGGGGUGCUUGCCCAGGGCCUGGUCCAUGAUGGAGUCAGGUUUGGGGUUUGUGGAAAGGGUGCUGCUUCCCUCUGCCUGUCCCUGUCAAGCAUGGCCGUGUGACAACUGUGGCAUGGCUCCAGUCUGCUGCCCUCCAUCCGGCAGGCACAGACCCGGAGCUAACACUGGCCCCUAGAAUCAGCCUAGGGGUCAGGGACCAAGAACCCCUCACCUUGCAACACACAGACGCAUGCACACACGCACGCGCACACACAUACACACAGGAGGAGAAAGCUCACUUUUCUCCAUGAGUUCUUUCUCCUGGGCUGAGACCGGAUCCUGCCCGGGGCAGCUGCCAGAGAAGCAUCGGAGGGAAUUGAGGUCUGCUCGGCCGUCUUCACUCGCCCCCGGGUUUGGCGGGCCAAGGACUGCUGAGGCUGGAGCUGGCGUCUGUCUUCAAGGGCUUACACGUGGAGGAAUGCUCCCCCAUCCUCCCCUUCCUUGCAAGUAUGGGGUUGGCUGGGCCCACAAGGUUGUCAUGAAGAAAAGUGGGCCAGUGUGGGAAUGCGGCAAGAAGGAACGACUGUGACCCGUGGGGAUUUCUCCCAGCUCUAGACAAGCCUGCAAAGGACUGUUUUUUCCUGAGCUUGGCCAGAAGGGGGCCAUGAGGCCUCAGUGGACUUUCAACCCCCUCCCUGGCCUGUUCUGUUUUGCCUGAUGUUGGAAUGAGUGUGGCUCUCCUCUAUUUAGCAUGACAAGCCCCAGGCAGGCUGUGCGCUGACAGCCACCCCUCCCCAGCCCAGGGUUCCCCCAGCCCUGUGGAAGGGACUAGGAGCAUUGUAGUAAAUGGCAAUUCUUUGACCUCAAUCUGUGAUGAGGGGAGGAAACUCACCUGCUGGCCCCUCACCUGGGCACCUGGGGAGUGGGACAGAGUCUGAGUGUAUUUAUUUUCCUCCCCAGCAGGUGGGGAGGGGCUUUGGGGGCUGGCAAGUAUGUUUUAGCAUGUGUUUGGUUCUGGGGCCCCUUUUUUCUCCCCUUGGGCUGAGAUGGAACCCUUUUGGCCCCCCAACUGGGGGCCACGAGCUCCAGACCCCCAGCAUCCCUCCUGUCACCUCCCCUCCUUGCCUCCUGUGUAAUCAUUUCUUGGGUCCUCCUGAAACUUACACAUAAAACAUAAGUGAUGAACAUUAAAUAGCAAAGAAAGAAAAAUAGUACAAAGA